AUCGAGAACCUACCGAACCCCUACAUGGUUCGAGCAUUCAUCACCCUCGGCGCACGCUAGCGCUGGCGGCCGACUUUUUUAAGAACCCGCCAAACUCGAAAACGAAAACGACGCGCAACAAUUCCAAUAUUUCAAAUCUCAUGCCAAAAAUGAGAAAGCGCUUUCCUUGAAGCGAUCUUCACCGUUCGCUCUCAUCUUCCCCAGAUCGACGGUUCAUAGCUACGAUCCUCACCGACUCAAGCCAGCCAAUCAGAAUCCACCCCACAACUCCUAUAUAAACAAGCACUUCCUCCUUCAUACUUCAUCGCUUUCAAAUUCAUCACAGCUAGAUUCUCCAUCUUUGCAUUCGCUCUCAUAAACCUCGUUUCGAUGGCGCCCAAGGCAGAGAAGAAGCCCGCGGAGAAGAAGCCAGCCGGUGGCGAGGAGAAGAAGGCCGAGAAGGCUCCGGCGGAGAAGAAGCCAAGGGCUGAGAAGAAGCUACCAAAGGACGCGUCUUCUACUGAUAAGAAGAAGAAGAGGACGAGGAAAAAUGUGGAGACCUAUAAGAUCUACAUCUUCAAGGUGUUGAAGCAGGUUCAUCCUGACAUCGGGAUUUCCAGCAAGGCUAUGGGCAUCAUGAACAGCUUCAUCAAUGACAUCUUUGAGAAACUCGCUCAGGAGGCCUCCAGGCUCGCGAGGUACAACAAGAAGCCGACCAUCACCUCCAGGGAGAUUCAGACCGCUGUGAGGCUUGUUCUGCCCGGUGAGCUUGCGAAGCACGCUGUUUCUGAGGGGACCAAGGCGGUCACCAAGUUUACUAGCUCUUAGGGUUUCUAUGAUGUAAAGGUUUUAGGGCUUCAGAUCCAAUUUCUUGUAUUUUGAUGAUGAUUUAAUCCGCGCUAAUGAAUGAAGUUUCAAUAUCUUCCAA